AUGCCUGCUAGACCCUUUGUCGUUCCUGCGCUCAAAAAGCACACCUCUACGGUGAUCAUGGCCCACGGGCUGGGAGACACUGGUGCCGGAUGGAUGGCUCUUGCCCAGAACUGGCGCCGCCGCGGCAAGUUCGAAGAGACCAAGUUCAUCUUCCCCAAUGCCCCCGACAUCCCAAUUACAGUGAACUUCGGCAUGGAGAUGCCCGGUUGGUACGACAUCACCAAGCUCGGCCGCGACCUCGACUUUGAAGAAUCCGUCCGCACCCAAGAUGAGACCGGAAUCCUCCGUUCCCGCGAAUACUUCAACGGCCUGAUCAAGGAAGAGAUGGACAAGGGCAUCAAGGCGUCGCGCAUUAUCCUGGGUGGAUUCUCACAGGGUGGUGCCAUGUCUGUGUUCACUGGUUUGACCAAUACUGAGAAGUUGGGUGGUAUCUUUGGACUUUCUUGCUACCUGCUUCUCAGUGAUCGGAUCAAGAAUUAUCUACCUGAGGAGUGGGUCAACAACAAGACGCCUUUCUUCCUUGGUCACGGUCUUGACGAUGAGAUUGUUCCUUUCCGGUUUGGAAAGAAGUCUGCUGAGCUGUUGAAGGAGAUUGGUGUUGAGGAUGUUGAUUUUAACUCCUAUGGUGGUCUUGGUCACUCGGCUGAUCCUUCAGAGAUCGAUGACUUGGAGAAGUUCCUUGAGAAGUACAUUCCCGCUGAGGCUGAUGGCCCUGCUGCUGGUUUAUGA